AUGCAUCUAAGGCAUCUUCUUCAAACCACUACUAAAGGAUCACUAUCUGUUCAAGAAUAUGUCCAAAAGAUGAAGGAUUUUGUAGACAUGUUGUCUGCUUCAAGCACUGAGAUCUCAGAUUCAGAGCUUAUUUUGCAUAUUUUAGGUGGUUUGGGGCCCGAAUUUUAUGUCGUCGUUAAUUUGACCUUUUUGGCUUCUCGUUGUGAAUCGUUUACCUUAGAAGAGGCUCAACUCCAAGCGACUCUUGAUUCUAUUAAGGCUCAGCAGAUUGUGACACAAAUUCUCAAGGAUACAAUCUUGCAUAUUAACAUCAAAUCCCAAAAGGAAGACAUGGUAUCAACAGAAUUCGUGACACAAAUACUUGAAAUGUGUCCAUCACUACUACUGCAAGUCAAUGCGAAAACUGAAGAGGAAGAGAUAGAUUUAGAGAGUGGGCUAAAACCUGAGUGGGAGACGCUGCAGAUGACCAAUUAUGAGAAUAACACUGCAUUACAUGAGGCUGUGCGACAUAAACGCUUCCAUGUGGUAAAAAUAUUAACAGAGAAAGGAGACCCUGAUUUUCAUUAUUCGGCUCAUAAUUUGGGGGAAACUCCACUCUAUCUUGCUGCCGCCAGAGGAUAUAAGGAUGACAGUAUGGUGAUACAAAUAUUAGAAAGAUGCACGUCAGCAGCCCAUGAAGGACCCAAUGGAAAGACGGCUCUGCAUGCGGCAGCCAUCGCCUGUAGUUCAAGUACAGUAGAAAAGAUAAUAGAGAAAAAGAAGAGCUUGAUAAAAGUCACCGAUCAACAUGGAUGGACUCCACUUCAUUAUGCUGCAUAUUAUGGUAACGAUGUGGUAGAGUUGUUAUUAAAAGGUGAUAGAUCUACUGCCUACAUUGGUGACAAAGAUCGGAGGAUGACACCACUUCAUAUGGCAGCUGGCCGAGGGAAUCUAAAAGCAAUGAAAACAAUUAUUUCCAAUUGUCCAGAAUGUUACGAAUUGGAGGAUAAUAGAGGUUGGAAUGUUCUUCACUUUGCCAUGCUGGGUUUAGAUGAAGAGGAUUUGAAACAUCUUCUGAGAGAGAGUUCAUUAAUAAGGAGUCUUACAAAUAAGAAAGAUGCAAAAGGUAACACUCCGUUUCAUAUCUUGGCUGCUACCCAUCCUAAUUAUUAUAUCGAUUAUUCCUGGGGCGACAUGGAGGCUGUCAACAACCAAAAUGUCAGUGUGUUAGACAUAAUAAUUUACGGCUACUCUGAGCUGGAGAAAGAAAUUCAAGAAUUGUCCAAAGAUGUUGGCAAAGGAAAUCAAUAUCCGAAAGGUGUAAUCCGCCUAAGGAAAGGAACAAAAAUUGAGGAUCGCCAAAAGGAAUAUUUAUCUGCAGAAGACGAAAAGGAAACAAGAGCAUCACAUUUGGUAGUGGCUACACUCAUAGCAACCGUAACCUUUGCUGCGGCUUUCACCUUUCCUGGUGGUUAUAAUAGUGAAAAAGGACCAAACCAAGGCACCGCAAUUUUAUAUAGAAAUCCUGCUUUUCAAGCGUUUAUAAUAACCGAUACAAUCGCCAUGACCCUCUCCCUUUCUGCUGUUUUUAUCCAUCUUUUUUUGUCCACUAAAAAAAUCCAAAAGUCGGAGGACCUGUCCAUUCAAUUGUUGGGUAUUGCCUUGAUUCUCACCAUGUUUUCCAUGGGAGCAAUGGUAAUUGCAUUUAUUGCAGGCACAUAUGCAGUGUUAGAACCUUCUUCAGGCCUGGCCGUUACCACUUGUUUCAUUGGCUUCAUCUUCUUCCUUCUAGUGUUUUGCGUACUAAGAUUAAUCCUCAAAAGUGAAUAAGAUGAAUGAUAUGGUCAAGGGAAAGACUCUAAAAUCCUCUUCUCUUUGUAUUAUUAGCA